GCAGUAAACAAUUGUGUAAUUGUACGUCUGGCAUCUAAUCAUAGGGCAUUCGUUUCUGGACACUAAACGGUCCAGCGGGUGGAAAGAAAAUAUACAAUGUUGUCUGCAAUUGUUGCGAAAAGACUGUGCUUCCUUCGCCUGGGCCAGUUGGUCAGUGGGGUGUGCAAGGCGUCAUGGCGACCGGUAGUGACAGGCCUAAUGUCAGCUCGGGCAUACCGUGGAGAGGCACCUGAGGAUUCGAAAGGUGACCUAAUUGAGAUCCCUCUGCCCCCCUGGACAGAGAAGGUCGGAGAGACUGUUGACAUCAAGAGGAGACGGCUGUUGUAUGAGAGUCGCAAGAGGGGAAUGCUGGAGAACUGCAUACUGCUCAGUCUUUUUUCCAAGCAGUACUUGAACACCAUGAGUGAGACUCAGCUGCAACAAUAUGACAGACUGAUUAAUGAGCCCAGCAACGACUGGGACAUUUACUACUGGGCUACAGAGGCCCAUCCCACACCUGAGGUGUAUGAUGGAGAGGUGAUGGACAUGCUAAAAGAGUUUACUAAGAACCGGGACCAGGAACAGAGGCUGGAUGCCCCCAACCUGGAGUACCUGGACAAAGGCAGUCAGUGAGGCCAUCAUGGUGCAUGAGACUCAGCUGGCUCAAAUACAUAGCAAAAUACUUUUGUUUCAAGUGCAUUUGAGUUUUAUAAUUGGUUAUAAUGUCAAGUGGUAAUUUAACCAUGUGCUGACAGAUGCAUUAAUCCAGGUCCGCUGGAAAACUGCAACCAGGUCUGCUGGUUGAUAUAUCCAUCUGUCUGUGAUAUAAUUUCUUCUUUCUCUGGUCCAAACUGCUGGGUGGGGCUAGGGUUAAGCAAACCCUUAGCAUAUAACUUCAGUGAAGAAACGUCAGAAUCAGAAUUCUGUUUAUUCGCCAUGUAUGUAAUACAAACACAGAAUUUACUGUGGCAGGGAGGUGCAAACACUAAACAUAUAUGAAUCUUAAAUUAAGUAAAGGUACUAAAGUUUAACUAUUCCUAAGAACUAAACAAUCUAAGAAUAAAACAAUUUAAAUAUAAAAUAAAAAAUACAUAAGAAUAAGAAUGAGCAGCAUGAGUGGUCAACAUAAUCAGAUACUGGGUUAAAUAAUGAAUGAAUGUCAGUGGGAAUCCUUAGCCUUGUUGAAGAGGCCAGUAGCAGAUGGAAAUAAACUGUUCUUAUGGCGUGAGGUUUUAGUCCUGAUGGACCGCAGCCUACUGCUGAAGGGGAUUAGCUGGAACAGGGAGUGGCCAGGGUGGGAGGGGUUGGCCACAAUCUUCCUCGCUUGCCUCAGGGUCCUCGAGGUGUGCAGGUCCUUGAGGGUAGGCAGAUAGCAGCCGAUCACCUUCUCAGCAGUGCAAUCACCUUCUCAGCAGUGCAAUCACCUUCCCAGCAGUGCAACAAAACAAGACAAAACAAAGCACACCUAGCAACCGAGGCAGCCAUCAUCGGCGCCAUCUUGAGUCAAGACCAUCUUGAACAAUGACAGUGAUAUACAAAUUGACUCAGAUUAGGAAAUUGGUUAGUCAAGUUUAGGAAUCUGAAAUAAAUUAAACAAGCCACUGAACUUCUAAAGAAGAAAAAACAAAACAAUAAUAGGCUUUGUCACACCAACACACACACCCCUGAUUAAAACAGAGCCCCUUGUAUGAUGGAUGAUUUUUGUGAAUGUAUACAGUUAAUGCACCGCUUGUUGGUUGUAAUGUAAUAAAUAUGAAUGCCAUAUAAAAUAUUUAUGUACUCUA